UAUCAUCUCAAAACAGCCUGCCUAAGAGCUGUGCUGCCGCAAUCAUUCGUCGGCGGAGUGCAUCUCCAUCUCGGAGUCGUCUCGUGAGAUGGACGAGAGUAUGGUGUAAGAGGGAAAAAGGUCUCUUUCCGAUGGCUGUGUGAGGAUGCGACUGCCCAGCUCCAUAUUUGUGUCGGUCUCUCUUUUCACUGCUGAGACGACGGCUGCUCUCUACCUAAGCUCCACGUACCGCUCUGCUGGGGACCAGAUCUGGCAGGGACUCACGCUCCUUUUUACGCUCGUGCCAUCUGUACUGGUGCAGCUCACGCUUACCUUUAUCCAUAGGGACCUCAGCAGGGAUAGACCCCUCGUACUACUGCUGCACAUUCUUCAGCUAGGACCGAUUGUCAGAUGCCUGGAGGCAUUUUGCAUCUAUGGGAGUGUGGGGAGGGUGGAGGAGCCCUAUGUCAGCAUCACGCGGAAGAAGCAGAUGCCGAAGGACGGGCUGUCGGAGGAGGUGGAGAGGCAGGUGGGCCAGGCGGAGGGGAAGCUGUUCACCCACCGCGCGGCCUUCGCCCGCACCUCUGUCAUCCAGGCCUUCCUGGGCUCCGCCCCCCAGCUCACCCUGCAGCUGUACAUCUGCAUCCUGCAGCAGCGCGUGUCCAUCGGGCGAGGUACUCUGAUGGUAAUAUCACUUCUGUCGAUUGUGUAUGGCGCCUUGCGGUGCAAUAUCCUGGCCAUUAAGAUCAAGUACGAUGACUACGAGGUGGACGUGAAGCCUACAGCCUACCUCUGCAUCUUCCUGUGGCGGAGCUUCGAGAUCGCCACGCGGGUGGUGGUCCUGGUGCUCUUCAGCUCGGUACUGCAGAUCUGGGUCCUGCCGGUGGUGCUGGUCAACUUCCUCAUCUUCUUCUCCUACCCCUGGAUCCUGUUCUGGCAGAGCGGGUCGCCGUUCCCAGAGAACAUUGAGAAGACGCUGACGCGGGUGGGCACCACCAUUGUCCUGUGCCUGCUGACGUUCCUCUACGCCGGCGUCAACAUGUUCUGCUGGUCGGCCGUGCAGCUCAAGCUCAACGACCCGGACCUGAUCAACAAGUCGCAGAACUGGUACCGCAUGGCGGUGUACUACAUGCUGCGCUUUGUGGAGAACGCGACGCUCAUCCUGCUCUGGUACGUGUUCCAGACCGACUUCUACCGCUUCGUCUGCUCGCCCCUGCUGGUCCUGCAGCUGCUGGUGGGCUAUGCCAUCGGCAUCUUCUUCAUGCUGGUCUUCUACCAGUUUUGCCACCCCUGUAAGAAGUUGUUCUCCUCCAGCAUCUCCCUGGGCCUGUGGGAGUGCAUCAACUUCCUGUGCCUGCUCUGCGCCGUCCACCGGGGGGAGGGGCCCGCAGAAAAGAUGGCGCUAGAGCAGCCCCCCUCAGACAAAGACAUUGCCAAUGACACAGCAGAGAUGAACGGGAACCUCAGCCAGAGCCUGUCCAGUAACCCGUGAGCCUUGAGUGGGCCCUACAGCGAGUGUCCAUUCACUGGAAGCGCAGUGACGACAUUGUCUCCGUAUGUUGCAAGCAGGAGGCAGGGUAGGCUGGGGGCACGGCCACAUACAGCAUCUGCCCAAAGCAGCGAAUCGGAAUUAGGCUGUAGGUCGAUUUCCUACGUGUGCGGCAUGCUGUUAUUUAUGACGCAGUUAUUGAUCACUUCAUCUGACGAACGGGACACAACCAAAAGGAUCCCUGUUCCUUCUCAGAAAGAGAUAACCUUGGAAAAUUGCUCUGCAGUUUUUUUUUUUUUUUUCACGAAACAUCAGCAUUAGACUCCUCAGGACGUUUGGCCCCGCCCCUGAAUGCCGGAGUACAUUUUUACACCGUGAGUGACAUGAACCUGCCUG